AUGGCAGAGUAUCUUCUGGACACCACGCCGCGCAUGGCGUACGUGGACCGUCACGAAUUGCUGCGGUCGCUGCUCACAGAGAAGGACUUCAUUAUGCGGCGGCAGGAGCAGCUCAACAAGAGCACGACGGUGUACGUUGGAAACCUUUCCUUCUACACCACUGAGGAGCAGAUUUGGGAGCAUUUUACACCCUGCGGACACGUGCGGGAUGUCGUCAUGGGCCUCAGCGAGAUCACGCGGACACCGUGCGGGUUUUGUUUCGUUGUAUUCGAGCAGCAGUGUGCGGCGAUAAGCGCCGUGAGUGAGUUGCACGGGACGCUGCUGGACGACCGAAGCAUUACGGUCUCGUGGGACGUCGGCUGUGAUGCGUCUCGGCGGUGGGGUCGCGGCGCCCAUGGCGGACAGGUGGUGGACGCUGUGCGGCAGAACCUGGAUAGUGGGAGGGGCGGCCUGGGCGCAUUGCGGCGCGACGAGCUUGGCGUGGCUGCUGCUGUUGCGGAGGAGCAGAUCGUGCAGUACACCUGGGUGCCGCCUCGGCGCGGUCCGAAGCGUGAUAGGACAUAG